GCGAUUAUACAUAUUAAUAAAAAACGGGAAGCAUUCGUGUAAACUCGUGUAGCUGGUCGGGGUUUAUAAUACAGCGCGGAUUCGAAAACUUGGUCAGUGCAGUAGCUGAUACUGUCUUCUAAUAGUCCUCUUAGUAGUCACCAGAAAAAACAAAUUAAAGCACCAUGGUCCACGAACGAUCCUUCAUCAUGGUCAAGCCUGAUGGCGUACAAAGAGGACUGGUAGGCGAAAUUAUCAAACGGUUUGAACAUAAAGGAUUCAAGUUGGUCGCAAUGAAAUUCAUGGUUGGAUCUGACGACCUUUUCAAACAACACUACGCAGCCUUAUCCAGCCAAGCCUUCUUCCCAGGUCUGAUCAAGUUCUCCAGCAGUGGACCAGUCGUCGCCAUGGUUUGGGAGGGAGUGCAUGCCGUCGCCAUUGCCCGCGCCAUGGUUGGCCAAACUGAUCCCGCUGCCAGCGCAGCUGGAUCCAUCAGGGGAGACCUGUGCAUUCACGUAGGACGCAACGUAAUCCAUGCGUCAGAUUCCCUCGAAUCUGCCAAGAAAGAAGUCAGCUUAUGGUUCACCGAUAAGGAAAUCGUCAGCUGGGCGUCGGCUACUGAGAGCUAUGUGCACGAAGGUUGAGAAUCUCCUUGUUAUUGUUAAAAAAAGCCGUUAAAUAUAUUGCACUGUUUAUGUUUAUUUAAA